UCUUUCUUGGUUCCGAUAUCUGGAGAGUGGGAUAUCAUGUUUCCAUGCGUUGUGGAUGUUGAGGAUGAUGGCGGCCUUGAAUUAUCUCGCACUUUGCCGAACGUGAUGACACGCUACUCGGUGAGGGCUGUUUGCUGAUGCCAACCGCAAGGCUGGAAAGACGGAUGCUAACCGGUCAUCCAGUUUUUAAAUACGUCUCACGAUUCUCCGGAAUUGAAUGCACAAUCAUACCAGGCUUACCAGGGAUAUUCUUCAAAUAGUCAGGUCCCUUUGCAGUCGAAUGGGUCAUGUGCCCCGAAAUCAUCGAUGGGCCAAGACACGUCCUCGGCGGGGACAUCUCCUCAUAACAGUGCAGAGGCCUCAGUGUUGAUAUGCAAUAUCUGCUCGGAGCGUUUCAUCGGCGACUACCGCAAGAGAAAUCUUAGUCGACACAGACUUAGCUUGCAUGGGAACAGUGAGCCUGUCGUGUGCGAGGUUCUCGGGUGUCAACGCUCAUACAAACGUAGCGAUGCGCUGAAGGUGCACCUGAGGAAGGCACAUCCAAACACCGUCUCGCCGCCAGUUCCUCGAAAGAAUGCGGCUGGAGACUCUCGUGGGAAGAAGCGGCAGUGUGCGUCCGUCUAGUGCACUCCUCUUUGACAAAAUAUUCUGAGCAUCACAAACAGUGGUAGUAGAUAUUGUUUCUUUGUAGCGAUCGUUUGGGAGUGGGCGUAGUGGGGGCAUUGAUCGUGUAAAUCCUGUGUAG